AUGAUUUUUGGAGCCAUUUUAAACGGAUCUGGGUUUUUCAAACCUUCAACGGUAAAGCAAGCAAUAGCUACUACUCGCAUUACUGUUUCUACAUUUAAACGUUUCACCCAUGAAUAUGCACCACGUUUCAAAGGUGGUAAAAAAUCACAAAAAGGUAGAGUUCCCGUCCGUACUGGUGGAUCUAUUUCAGGCAGUACUUUGCAAUUUGGUACCUAUGGCCUAAGAUUAAAGACAGAAGGUGUCAGGUUAACCGCCUUACAAUUGCAGGAAGCUGAUAAUGCAGUUAUGAGAUAUAUCCGUCAAACUACUAAUGGGAAAAUGUGGAGAAGAUUAGUUACAGAUAUUGCCGUGUGUAUCAAAGGUAAUGAAACACGUAUGGGUAAGGGUAAAGGUGCCUUUGAUCACUGGAUGUGUCGUGUUCCGACUGGUAAGAUUAUAUUUGAAAUAAGCGGCGAUAAUUUGCAUGAAAAAGUUGCUAGAGACGCUUUUAGGAAGGCUGGUACAAAAUUGCCAGGUGUCUAUGAGUUUGUUAAAAAAGAUUCUUUGUGUAGAGUAGGUUUACAUUCAUUUAAAAACGCCAAUGAUGUACCAAAGAAAAAUUAUUUUCAAAUACCAAGAAAAGAUAAUGAAAUUAGAAAAUUAGCUUCUCUACCAGAAUACAAGUUGUUUAGAGGUCGUUAA